AUGUGAAGCAGUUGUUUUUGUACUAAUGGCAGACAUAUAAUUCAUUUUUUAUGAAUAAUCUUAUCUUUUGUUUUGCAUCCAUCAAGUUCCAAAAAAUACAAAAACAAAUGACAGUUUCAUGUAAAAAAAAAAAAAAAAAGUCACUAGAUUAUCAACAGACAUUACUGCAUGGUUAUGUAAUAUUAAUACAUUAAACAUUUCAAAAAUAACUACAUUGUAAUAGAGACUCAUAUCAUGAUAUUGAUUUUGGUCAUACCACCCACUCCUAAUCAGGAUAAUUCUUCUUCUGACUAGUGCACAGGAACGUUCAUGUGUACAUCAGUGCAGUUUGCAUUCCAGAUUCAGGUUGCAGAAGAGGGAACAGAUGAUUUCUGUGCUAUAUUGACAUACUGAAUGUGUUUCUUAUUCGUUAUCCACAUAAUUCCUAGCUGUUUCCAACGGUGUUUUUUCACUUUUGUCAGCAUUGAUUCAAAUGGCCUCUAGGGUAUCAUCCUUUGCCACUAGAGGGCCAGUGACACCUCUGAGCUCCCAUGUGUCCUAUACAAGGACAGGCUCUUGUUAAAAGGAAGUCUGAAGAGUUUAACAGCGGAAGAUAAUCUGUGGAUUGUUGACAUGCUUAAGGCCUGCACUUUUUUUUUUUCUUUUUGAAUGGGGAAGUUGAGAAGAAAGGCUGAUCACCUCAGAUACCCGCUUCAUGUUACAUGUUAGAGCAACAUUCCAGUGCGUGCGUCCAACUCACACUUCAGCUUGCUUGCAUUUUAACGCCCCACAUCCAUGUCAGCCGUUUUCUUUCUCUCGAUGGAACGCUAUGAACUUCAGGAAAUCAGAUGCACAUUUUUUUCCCCUCAAUCACGCUCUGUCCAUGCGGUCCUCUCUCUUUUUUAAAAAACGCUGCAUAGUUUUGCUGAAGAAUCUCUCAGGGGCGCAGCAAUAAAAGUGUCAAGUGUCUCAAGUUAUUGAAAUUCUUUCUUCCCCCACCCAUGUCUAGAGCGAGUCAGUGGCAUCUGACUCGCUGUAUUUUUAUCUUUGCUUCUGAUCUGAAGAAGACACUGUUAUCUCAGGUAUUUUAUCCCAUCUUCUGACGCACUGCACCUGAUGAAGUGAUACUUGCAUGUGUUCGAACACCACAAGUGUAUGGCAAUAAUCAUUCUUAGUUCUUUUUUUAAGAAAAAUGAUUCUUUAAAUCUGUUUUUUUGACAGAAUUUUAAAUAAGUCAGUCCAAUGAUGCAAAAAAUGCUUUCAAGGUUUUUUUCUUUGAGAGAGCUACUUUCUGAAUGUAACCAUUCCCGAAACGUAUUUGAGCUGUGAAGGGGGCAGAAGUGGAAGCAUUGUUGUGGAACUGCAGGAUGUCCUGAGGAAGAAGUCAGCGUUCCAUUGCAGGGGCCACUGAGCCGCCCGCCUGCAUUCAGAAGCAGAGAGGCAUGCACCAGGAGACACACACCUCUCACGCUCUCUUCUCCAGCGCCGUCUCCUCUCCUCACAUUGUGGCAGUUGAGUUUGGGGAUUCCCAUCUCUGUUGACAGUCGCUGUGUUUUGUGUGGCAUUCAACUAAAAACUGCGCCCAUGCGGAACUGGAAACUACAGCUGAAUAUGUUGCUUUUUUUAAUGGCCUCGUCACUUUUUCUUGUAUGUCAGGAAAAAGUGGAAGUUGAGCUGUAUUGUGAACUAGGCUGUGGUGUUAGUUCCUGAAGUGCUAGGGGAGUUUUGCCUUCGGUUAAUCUGUGCUUUACAAUAUCGAACUUGGAUAUGACUGCAAGUGCAAGUUAAAGGAGUUGCUGCUCAAAACAUGGACGUGGCGUGAAUGUCAAGGAAGUCAAUAAAGAAAACAAAGGCACAAUAUUUGGUGAGAUAUUCACAUCGAUCGACACUUUGGCAUUCACCUUUGGCAAUGUAGUGUCUGACUUCCUUAUGGGAGAUGUGGACAGUGGCUCCAGGUUGGGGUACUCCCAAGCCAGAAGAAGUUGUUCUUUUGAAAACCUCUCUGAAGAUUCACGGGGCUGCAGUCAAAAUGAUCUGGCAGAUCAUGCUCUGUCUCCAGAGCUGUCCACUGUGGAGCAGGUGGACCUCCUUCUGCUGAAGAAUGACAGUGGAGUUGAGUCGGCCUUGCUCUAUGCCAAGGCCUGGUCCAAAUACACCAAAGACGUGUUGGCCUGGGUGGAGAAACGCCUCAGCCUGGACAUGGAAUGUGCCAAAAGUUUUGCCAAGAUGGCAGAAUCUGCAAAGGCAGUAGCAAGUCAGCAGGACUACAUGCCGUUCCGGGAUAUUUAUGUCUCUGCGUUUAAAAAUGAGAUAGAGUACAAUCAUGUUCUGCUCCAAACGGCUGCAGCUCUUCAAACAAACAAAUUCAUACAGCCACUGCUGGCCCGCAAGAAUGACCUGGACAAGCAGAGGAAAGAGAUAAAGGAACAAUGGCAAAGAGAGCUGAAGAAAAUGAGCGAGGCCGAGAGCGCUUUGAAGAAGGCUAGGUUGCUGAAGGGGCAGAAGAAAGAGGAGUACGAGAAGGCACGCAGCUCCACCAGCCGCACCGAGGAGGAGCAGCCGACAGCAGGAGGCAGGACUCUGGAGAAGAAACGGAGGGUGGAGGAAGAGGCCCUACAGAAGGCAGAGGAAGCGCAGGAGCAGUAUAAAGCCUGUGUGGCCGAUCUAGAGGCAAAGAAGGUCGGCUUGUCAAACGCUAAGAGUGAGAUCCUCGCUCAGAUUCGGAAGCUGGUCUUCCAAUGCGACCUGACUCUCAAAGCGGUGACAGUGAACUGGUUCCAGAUGCAACAGGCUCAGACUGUGCCUCUGUCUGUCAACUACCAAGCUCUAAGUGAACAGGCCAAAAAGUAUGAGCCUGGCCAGCGCUACUCUGAGUUUGUUUGCAGCUUGCCUAAAGAGCGAGUGUGGCUGGAGUCUCUGUCUCAGGACAUCACUACUUCCUCAAAAACGGGAAUGUCUCUUCAUAAGAGGUCUCAAAGUAGCACCCGCUCGUCCCAUGGGAACCUGUCGCAGGGUUCUGUUACCUCUGCGGAUAACCACAGCGCAGAUGAGGUUGAGGGUACCGUACAACCCUGCAAGGCCAAGAUCGCAGAGAGACGGUCCAAUAGCAGUAUAGACAUGCAAGCGUCAAGGACGCAGGGCUCACAGCGGGCCUGGAGCUCAGGCAGUGCCGGCGGAGGAGGGAUGUGCAGUGACUCAGAGAGUGCUGGGGGAAGCAGCGAGUCUCGCUCCAUGGACUCUCCCACAGCCAGUCCAGGGGAUUUCAAACGCAGGCUUCCCAGAACUCCCUCAACUGGUACUAUGUCUUCUGCAGAUGACCUGGAUGAGAGGGAACCCCCUUCCCCAUCAGAUAAUGGUCUCGCUGAGAUGGUGUUGGAAACGGCCAGUUCUCCCGGCCCUUUCCGCAAUGCUCAGAUGUCAAAAGCGGCGCACACCCACAAGUUGCGGAAACUAAGAGCUCCUUCCAAGUGCAGAGAGUGUGACAGUCUGGUGAUGUUCCACGGGGCUGAGUGUGAGGAGUGCUCCUUGGCCUGUCACAAGAAAUGCCUGGAGACUCUUGCCAUUCAGUGUGGUCAUAAGAAGCUCCAGGGUAGACUGCACCUGUUUGGGAUUGACUUCGCCCAAGUAGCUAAGAACAGUCCUGACGGCAUCCCCUUCAUCAUCAAAAAAUGCACCUCGGAAAUCGAGAGCCGUGCCCUGAACAUUAAGGGCAUUUAUCGGGUGAAUGGGGCAAAGUCUCGUGUGGAAAAGCUGUGCCAGGCCUUUGAGAACGGAAAGGACUUAGUAGAGCUUUCUGACCUCCACCCACAUGACAUAAGCAACGUGCUCAAGCUUUACCUAAGACAGUUGCCAGAGCCAUUGAUUCUGUAUCGGUAUUAUAAUGAUGUCAUUGGGCUGGCAAAAGAGACUCAGAACCUGGAUGAGACUGACUCGGCUAAAGAGAAAUCAACAGGGGAGCAGCUGUGCCUCAGCAUUGAGCUUAAAAGAGUUCUCUUCAAAAUUAGAGACCUCCUUCGCCAACUUCCUGGAGCUCAUUACAAAACCCUGCAGUUCCUCAUCACACAUCUGCACAGAGUAACAGAGCAAUCUGAGGAGAACAAGAUGACAGCUAGUAACCUGGGUAUCAUCUUCGGUCCCACGCUCAUCAAGCCCAGGCAGUUGGAUGCAGAAGUGUCGCUGUCCUCUUUGGUUGACUACCCUCACCAGGCCCGCAUGGUGGAGCUGCUCAUCAAUUACCACCAAAUGAUCUUUGAUGUCCCCCUCAGCCCGGUUUCUCCCACCAGUCCUACAGCAUCACAGGCUUCCAUUGUGCCCAACAUCCAGGACAAAGAGCCAAAACUCAGCCGUCACUCCCGAUCUCUCAUGGAUAUCAAAGAGAGUGCAAAAAUUUACAAGAGACACUCGUCUGUGAUUACCUCUGCACAGCUUGUGGAGGAAGUUAAGGAAAUGAAGACAGGGGAUGAUAGAGCACAAACACCUGCAGGUGAGGGUUCAGAUAUCAAUGGGGUUGACUCAGCUCCUGUGGACAUGCAGAAGUCCACAUCUGUGUUCAGCCGGCCCAGUGCCAGCAGCCGAUUGGUGCAGCUGCGACCCCAGCGCUCCAAGCCGGUGUCUCGACCCAUCAGCAUGCCUGUGGACCGACUGCUCAAUGAGGUCAACAGCCGCAACACUGUGGAGCAUGAACACUCGCCUGCCGCCAUUCAGGAGACCACCGAACCGGAGAAACCUUCGACGCCACGACUCUCAAACUAUUACAGGAACCCCUUAAUCGACACUCAGACGCUGAGGAGGACCUGGGACAGACAGUACAGACAUUAUGACGUGACACCCAGAACUGCAAUGAUAGUGGCCAACCUGCCACCCUCUGGUGUGCCGAAAGCAUCUGAAAUUAGCGUUGUACCCCACAGCAUUGCUACUAGAAAAGAUGGUACAAGCCAGUCCGUCGGGGCUCCGAUAACCUUCCGAGCACCACGGACACUAAAACCCCCUCCUGGAACGUUCUAUAGACCUCCAUCAGGAGCCCAAUUCAGGUCAUUUGACUCACUGGCAAAAACUGUUUCAGCGGCACCAACCACGACCACAGAAGCUGUUUACACAACAGCCAUUACCAUAUUAACAACAGCAGCCUCGUCAAAUGUUGCGACAGUCACCACAGCAGUGACAACCCCCCCCACCACACCAACAACACCGGUGACUGUCGCUCUAACAGCCAAGCCAACUUUUACAACAAUAACAAGCACUGUAUCAGGAGUGGAAGAAGGACUGUCUGAAAGUGACUCUCAAAGCCCCAUCACGCUCUCGCCCCCUCAGUCUCCAGGCUCCAGCGCUGAGGAGCUCAGCCCAACAGAUGCCAAACCCCUCUAUCAGAGACGCAGUCGCCGUAUGCAGGAGCUGGAGCAGCGAGAGGCCCAUUUUGUUUAAAAAAAAAAAAAAAAACACUGGCUCUUGAAAAAGCCAAAUCUGUUGGCUUCUAGGGUUGUCCUCUAGGGCAGUUUUUGUCACGCCUGGUACAGUAUUCUCCUGAUAUGUGACAAAGUGAAUGAUUCCUCCACAGUCCUCACAAGGUCAAUUUUAAUAGUCUAGUAGAUCUGACUACGACUGUAUAUGUAUGUAUCUGUAUGUCUUUUUUGUGCCAUACUGUAUAUAUUAAAUUGUUUUACUAUCCCUUUAAGAAAGGGCAAAAAUAUUACAGGAGAGGUGAAACGUCUCUGUGAAUUAAAUAGCUGUUUGUUAAUGUCCCUUUAAGCUACUGUUUGAGCCGGAAAUAUCAGCAAAGGUCCAAAACAUUUGUGACAUUCACUUAACCGUAAGUGAGCACUCUUUUAUGUUAUUUUUGUAUAUUGUUUCUGAACGUUUAUGCCAAAUGUGUUUCAUAUUCAUUAUCUCCUUCAUUGUGAUAAAAUGGCCAUCCAGAGGUUUCAAGAGACGCUUCUAUAUCAAUAAAUAAUCAGUUAUAUUAAUGUGUUAUUAAAGUCAGAAGUUCUGUGUAAUAAUUGUAUGAACUCAACAGGAGUGUGUAUAGUAUUUUUUGUAAAUGUAUGCCAACCUGUUCAUUGUGAUGCACUUGCUAAGCCUAACCACUGCAUCAUCACUGCCUUCGCAUGAUGUAAUACAGUUACUGCUGGCUGUUUUUUUGUUUGUUUUUUUAGUUUGUCUCUCAGAAACACUUCUGCUCAUGUGUGUUUUAGGCUGCGUAAGUGCAUCUGUUUCUGUUUUAUUUCAGAGUUAUAUAUGCAUUUGUUUUCAUUUUGUACACAUAACCUGCUGCCAUAAACAUAUGAUAAACAUACCAACAAUUCUUGAAGACGUGCAACAUGUUUGCAGAUUAAAUAUUUAGUUCAAACUA